AAUUAGACAUGAUCGGUUCAUUCUCUUCCUCCAGUCCUCCGAUUGUUGUCCAAUUGUUGUCUCAGGAAUAGAAUCUCAAUGGCUGAUCGAUGUUACGACGAAGUAAGUUCCAUCUGGGAACCAUGGAUAGAAAAGGGAUCUAUCCGCACCGAAAGCCAAUCUCAAUGGCAUCCAUGGACCACUGGACCAAUUUGAACACCACUCCUCGACAGUCUCCAGACGUUACUGUCCCUUUCUCCAUCCAGGAUCGCGUCAUGCCGUGGUGUCGAUAGAUGAUCGGGUCGGAUAUGGUGUUUGUGCCGACGAGCUGACUAACCUCGGAUUCUCCAACAACCCCUCACCUCCACUAUUUUGCACCGUGCUUGUCUCCCCGCGUCCAUCACUCCAUCACGGUCUCUGAGGAUUCAAGGACCAACCGUCUCUACGGUAGAUUGAGAUGCCCUCAGAUCGCACUGUCGACGCUGUACCAGCCGAUCCGGCCCAUGCUGGUCCGAUCUCGGAGCAAACUCCGCUUCUUGGAGAUUCGAGCCAGCAUGCGGGGACGGGCGAUGGAUCUGGGGUUCCCUUGGCCCAGGAGCGCAGCACCAAGGAAUUGAUCCUUAUCUUAGGAAGUAUCUGGGUGGGCGUGUUUUUGGCUGCUCUGGAUACUACCAUCGUGGCCACGCUCACGGCGCCCAUUUCGUCGAGCUUCCAUUCAUUGUCCUUACUUUCGUGGCUAGCUACGUCUUAUCUGAUCUCUAAUGCCGCUUUUCAACCGCUUAGCGGGCGCUUGACGGAUAUCUUCUCCCGACGAACGGGUCUUGUGUUCUCCAAUGUGUUCUUCGCAGCCGGAAACAUCAUCUGCGGUACUGCGAAGAGUCAAGGGACCAUCGUGGUGGGCCGUGUUGUUGCCGGGGUUGGCGGCGGCGGUCUCUUGGCAAUUUCGACGUUUGUCACGUCCGAUCUGGUCCCGCUGCGGCAACGUGGUGUUUGGCAGGGUGUUGGGAACAUCUGCUAUGGGGCCGGAAGUGGAUUGGGCGGCGUCUUCGGGGGAUGGAUCAAUGAUACACUGGGGUGGCGAUGGGCCUUUCUCAUCCAAGUUCCCUUCAUCGUUGUGUCCUGUGUUCUGGUCGCCGUCACCAUCGAUAUCCCUGUGAAAUACACCGACAAGGGAAGACUGAAGCGGGUCGAUUUUCUGGGGGCAAUCACCCUGGUCAUUACGCUCGUGUUGUUUCUCCUGGGACUCAACAUGGGCGGGAACCAGGUGCCAUGGACACAUCCUCUAGUCCUAACAACACUCCCACUCUCCGCUGUGUUCUUGGGGAUCUUCGUCUACAUCGAAGCGUACGUUGCGUCCGAACCUGUGAUUCCUGUUCGACUCUUGCUCGAUCGGACCGUCUUGUCGGCGUGCUUAACGAACUGGUUUUCGACCAUGGCGAUCUUUGGACUUCUCUUCUACCUCCCGCUCUUUUUCCAGGUCCAAGGUUUAUCGGCGACCUCGGCUGGGGUCCGGCUGAUCCCCCAGGCCUUGGGAACUUCGAUCGGAUCUUUGGGAUGCGGCAUCAUCAUGCGAUCCACGGGACGCUACAAGACGAUGAACUACGUGUGCAUGUUCACAUUCGUUCUGUCCAGUAUUAUGAUCUGCACGCUGAACCUGACCACACCCGCCUGGAUUCCCUUUAUCUACUUUUUCUUCUUGGGUGGGGGCUAUGGCAGCAUGCUGACGAUCACCCUCGUUGCACUGAUCUCGGCCGUGGACCAUGACUACCACGCGGUGAUCACGUCGGCGUCCUACGCGUUCCGCAGCACGGGGAGCACCAUCGGCAUUUCCAUCGCUUCCGCAGUCUUCCAGAAUAUCCUCAUCUCCGGGCUUUGGUCUCGCUUCGGCGAUCGCAAGGAUGCUAGCGAGGUCAUCUCUCGGAUCCGCGACAGCCUGGACGAGAUCCAGAAGCUUCCCGGCGACUGGAAACCCGGAGUGAUGGAUGCGUACAUGGACUCCCUCCGGGCUGUGUUCAUCGCAUUGCUGGGGUUGAGUGUUCUCGGGGCCAUUGGAAGUUCGGCCAUGCGAGAGCACAAGCUGCACUCGAACAUGGCGCGCCAGGAUCCGGAUGACGAAUAAAUGAGCAGCAUAGAGGUAUCUAUGCGACAUGAUCCCGUGCAUCGUUCGUCUAUAUUUGAAGAGCCUUGAUUUGUUACAUAGAGUCUUACAGACGUGAUGCUCAUAGAUUGACCAAUGCCAAGUCCUGUUUCUGGAGUAUGACAUGACCGUAUCCACUGUCCUUAUGAGUGGUUAGUGAUCUGCACGUUAUGAGUGGUGCAUAAUCGUAUUAUAUAAGCAGCGGGCUCAC